ACAUAGAUUAAUCCUUUCAAAAUUCCUCAAGCUCGAUUACUCAACAAAAUCGAAACCAUAAGAUACCUCAAACUACUACCAAAUUAUCAAUCUCAAAUACAAUGAACAACACAUAUUGCCUUUAUUACAGUCAUUAACCACACAGGAAAAAAAAAGAUUGAUGAAUUAAAUGAAACUGACUUUACUUUUUCUUUUUCCUUUUUCUUUCUACAAUCGACAUAGAGUAAACAUAAAGAUUUUUUGUUAUAAAAGAAUUAUCUUGAGUUCGCUACACGAUGUAGGAAGGUGAGUUUCUGUUGGCCACUUGUAAAUGACGAAGCCCCACGUGCCCCUGUUGCCGCCAUUGCCCAAUCGCCUAAAACCUCUGCUACCGAGGCCUGUGCCUCAUCGGUACGUGGCGUUUCCUCAUACAUCCACCGUCAUGAGUCGCCAUGGCAGGACAUGUGUCAUCUUCUCCGUCGCCCUACCUUCUGCGACUACUUAUCAACACCUCCAUAGCCCAUCUCUCUCUCCACUUUAUCUCUCUUGCAACUUGUUUGUUGUUGCAGCAACCAAUUAUGGAUGCAAUUAGGGCAUCGCCGGCGGAUUUUGACCCCAUGGUGAAGAUUGAAUUGGAGGCGGCGGAAGCUUUGGCUGGAUUAGCUCAUUUUCCUGCUACAGUUUCCGAAUCUCACGGUAGUGAAUCAAUUGCUGAACGAGUCAAGGACGAGUCUAAUUCCUCCUUUGACACGAGUCAUUCAUAUGAGAAAAAGUCAGGGAAUUCAGGGAUCUUGAAUCAGAAGUUGGUGAAGGAUGAACAGAGUAUUGACCUUAGACUUAAUCCAGCGUAUCCCACCAAUUGUUCAUCGAGUGGGAGGAAAUCUAGACAAAAUCUAACUGAGGCUGAAAUGGAAGCACGUAAAAUACGUAGGGUGUUAGCGAAUAGAGAGUCGGCUAGACAAACAAUCCGUAGGAGACAGGCAAUUUUUGAGGAGCUAACAAGAAAGGCUGUUGAUUUAGCAUGGGAGAAUGAGAAUUUGAAAAAGGAGAAGGACACCGCUUCGAAACAUUAUGAUUCUUUGAAGACGAAGAACGAAAGCUUAAAAGCACAGAUGAUCAAAGUUACAAACCUUGAAACCGAUGAAACCCAUGAAAAAUCCACUACUUUAAACGAACAAGCGAUUUCCUCAUCAUCGACAAAUUCACCAUUUAUAAUCUACAACCAACCACCUUUCUUACCCGUCAUAUGGCCAUCCAUGAUCCACCCUACAAACUCCGGCCAACUACCCGCCGGAAUAAAUUCCGGCCAACUACCUGCCGGAAUAGUUUUUCCGGUCAAUAAACCCGAUUCAAGUGAAGAAGGGAGUUCAACAACCGGAAGUCCGCUAUAUUUACUACCCUACCCCUGGCUCGUUACCCUACCCCAAAACACCACCCAACCCCCGCCCCAACCCCGCCUCCAUUCUUUCAAUCUAAACGACAAACCGAAAGAGUGUUCCGAGUUUCGGGAAUUCUUCCCGGAAAAAGCAUUGGAAACACCUAACCACCACGGUUUCCCGCCUGAUGGUGGCGGCCGACAGACACCGGAGCCACCACGUGUGAGUUGUGAAGCACUUAUUGAACAUGAUAGUGAGGAAAUUGAUGGUGAAAUUCACAAAGUUCCUAUGUGCUCAGGUAAAAGAUUAGGUGGUGACGUGGCGGCUGCCGCCGAAGCCAGGAAAAGGCGUAAACAACUCACGAGAUUAAAGGGCCACUUUCAUUGCCGUCAACUUAGGAUGCAUUAGCGGUAUCUGUUAUCCAGGCCAGUAACUGGUACUGAUACUUAUACUGUAUCGACGGAUGUGUGAGGGAGUGUGAAAGUAAGUUGUUAUUUUUUGUGGUGUUUGGAUUGGGUUGAGGCUAAUAUGAGAAUGAAGAUGUAUAUAUGGUGUUGAGGGAGGACUUAUGAUAUAGUGUUUUGAAGUGGCUGAUAAUGGUCACUCUCAAUUUAAUAAGCGGAUGCUAGCUUCCAUAUGUUGUAGUUCACUGGUGCAAAAUGAACGUCACUAGUGUCUUUAGUCAUAUUUCCCUUGAGGAAGACGAAUACGAUAGAAUUGGAUUUGUGUUUUUAUCUUA